AUGUCUCGGGCCGUCCUAGCUCUGGGUCUGGCCGUCAGUGCCUUCGCCGCCAAGAACUCCAUAGUUGCGCCGCAGGGUGCUGAUGUCCUCACCGUUGCUCUCUUGGGUGACUAUGGCUGGACUGGUUGGGAGCCUCUGCCGCUGUCGUUCUGUAACGAGAUCAUGCCGAAGCUGAUCGCGGAUGGCAUCACCAUCCCUCGCGAAAUCCAGAACGACUGCGACCCGGGUGACCGGUAUGAUAUCCGCAAUGCUACUAUUGAGCAGAAAAAAACCGCCCAGUACAUUGAGAAUGUGUGUCUGAUGAAGAACUGCUCUGCCUUCAUCUCCGUCGGCGACAAUUUCUACGACAGCGGUGUCGACUUCGAGACCGAGGGCAUCCUGCGUUUCGACCAGGCCUGGGCUAGCAUGUACAACGGCACAGCCUUUGACGGCAAGCCGUGGUACCAAUGCUUGGGCAAUCACGACGUUAUCCCGGGCCAGCCCGCUGUCGACUUCCAGACCCGUAUUGCUCCCCUAAUGGAUGACCGCUGGUACUUCGGCCACGACCACCUGCCCUACUACACCUAUGACCUGGUUGGCUCCAACUGGACCGCGACCUUCGUCGUGGUGGAAUCAGACUGCUUCAUCAACACGUACCAGGAGUCGAGCUCGGUUUACCUGACCCCGUACCUGAAGGCCUGCCACAAGACCACGCAGCAGCAGGUCGACUUCCUCAAGAAGUCGUUCGCCGAGUCCAAGGCCGACUGGAAGUUCCUGCAGAUCCACCACGGUUACGUCUCGUCGUCCAGCAACUACACCGAGCUGGCCCCGCUGAUGGACAUCGUCCAAAAACACAACGGCGUCGUCGUCAACGGCCACGACCACUGCAUGGCCCACUACUACUACCAGGACACCAAUUUCGUGCUCACCGGUGCCGCGGGCUACGCCCAGGCUGGUGACUGUAACUAUGGCGAGAAGCUCGGCCCCUUCGCCCAGUGGCUCGGUGCCGACAAGCUGCAGUCGGCUAACGGCUUCGUCACCCUGGACAUCAGCGCCAACGCCCUCAACUUUGAGUACUACGCUCGGGACAUGCGUAUGCUUGGUAGCGACCUUUACCCGGUCAAGCAUGACAUGAAGCCGUCGUACAACUUUACUGUGACCAAGCACUCUAUCUAA